AGAAAGCAGUUUGGGGUCAUUGAUAGCUGUUUACAAGCAAAUUGGUCGCAGUUGCGCAAGUUCUUGUCAAGUCACAGCAAAACAGUGUGUGUUAUUUUGGUAAAUAAACCAAUAUCAGCCUAUUUCCAAUCAAAAUGGUGUUAAUAGAAGGAAAGUACGCGCACCAAAAAAGCGAGAAUCUGGACGAGUAUUUCAAAGCAAAUGGGGUUCCAUACAUUCCAAGGAAAAUGAUGUGUUCCACUAAUCCUACAGUGGAUAUCUCCAAGUCUGGAGACAAAUGGACCAUUACCACUACCACUAUGUUCAGAACAGUUGCCUAUACAUUUAAGCUGGGCGAAGGAUACGAAGAGCACAUGCCUGGCACAGUGUUAAAGAGCACAACGACCCUUGAGGGCGACAAGCUAAUUACAGUCUGCGUUGCGCCAAAUGGAUCAGAAACAGUCAGAACGUACAGUUUUUCAGAUGAAGGAAUGAUUCUUACUUACAAGCACAAAGAGUCUCAACAAGAAGCAAUCCGCCAUUUCAAGAGAUUGUAACGUUGCCCCACUUUUUUGUAAAGUGCAACAGACAAGAGUUUUUCAAUAUAUAAUAACUCAAAAUUUA